CGGCACGUCAGCGGAGGACUGAUCUCCCUGUGAAGCGUCUGUGGAUAUGAUCAUUUGAAGUGCACAUUUCAUUCUCUUUGAGGGACUUUCUUUUAAAGGGCUCGUGUGAAUGAGCUGCAUGGACCCUCUCUCACGGUUCCUGUCCCGCCAUUGGAGAUGUGCUCAAUGAAAAGAGCUAGUCCAGGAAUCUGGAAACGAUGGGUGACUGGAGUUUGUUGGGUAAGCUCUUGGAAAGCGCUCAGGAACAUUCCACUGUGGUGGGCAAAGUGUGGCUGACGGUUCUCUUCAUUUUCCGGAUCCUCGUUCUGGGCACAGCGGCAGAAAAAGUGUGGAGCGACGAGCAGUCGGGCUUCAGCUGCGACACCAAACAGCCCGGCUGCCAAAAUGUCUGCUAUGACAAGACUUUCCCCAUAUCUCACAUCCGCUUCUGGGUGUUACAGAUCAUCUUUGUGUCGACUCCAACGCUCAUAUACCUGGGCCAUGUCCUGCAUUUGGUGCGCAUGGAGGAAAAACACAAAGAAAAAGAGAAGAAACUUGCCCAACCAGGAAACAAACAGACCCUCAUUGAGGAGUCCAAGUCAAGGAAGUUUCCUAUUCGAGAUGAACAAGGCCAUGUGCGCAUCCAGGGAGAUAUUUUGCGCACAUACAUCUUUAACAUAAUCUUCAAAACCUUGUUUGAGGUAGCUUUCAUUGUUGCACAAUAUUUUUUGUAUGGAUUUGAUCUGAAACCGCUCUAUACGUGUGACCGGCCACCUUGCCCCAACACUGUCAAUUGCUACAUCUCAAGACCGACCGAGAAAACCAUCUUCAUUAUCUUCAUGCUUGUGGUGGCCUGUGUGUCUCUCAUUCUUAAUCUGUUGGAAAUCUAUCACCUGGGCUUCACAAAGUGCCAUCAGAGCCUGAGGUACAGAAAUACAGCAAUGUCUCCUGGAACUUCCUCUAAAGCACCUAGUGAACCCGUGCUUCCAUUUAUCCCCAAUUGUAACUAUUUUCAUGGGCAUCAGCAACAUUACCAACCUCCCCCAGAAUACAGUCUCUCCACAGCAAGUGUAAAAGACUCUUUCCUUCCGUAUAACAACAAGAGAGCUUACAAGCAGAACAAGGAUAACUUUGCAGUGGAAAGGAAUGUCAAAGCAGAGAAAUGUGACCUGACAGUAAACAAGGCCUUGGGUGUAGUCACUGGAUCACUAGCAGAUCACCAGCCAAAGCCAAACCCCACUGCAAAACACAUCAACAAAACCAGAAUAGAUGAUCUGAAAAUCUGAUACCCGAAACAAAACCUGAACUGGAUUAUCUGAUAUCAAGUGUAUCAGAAGGACUUCAUUUAAUAAUAAUAAUAAACAUAAUACAAACUCAGAUUUUACUUUCCUUUUGAAUAUUUUUGCGGUCAGCAAUCCCAAAGUCCUUCGCACUGCAUUCAUAUUAUGGAAUGAUGCAGAUAACAUAAUUGGAAAGUUUGUAAAGGUUUUGUUACCUGAAGCCAAGCGCACAUGCUUUGCACAUUUAAAGACUCUUUAAAUGUUCUUGUUUUCUGUUGUGUAUACUAAUCACAAACUUGAUUAAUUAUAAGAUCACUCAACUCCCAAAUUUACAAUCCAAAUAUUUGUUCUCACAAAACUUUAGCACAUAGCAAUACGAGAGUUGAUUCCAACCAAAAUGACAAAGACAUUGUUUGGCUUCCAAUUCCCAAUGUUAUGUGCCCUCAUCUUGCACUUUUUCACUCUCUUGCAAUUUCAUUGCUCAUUGCUGAUCUCUCACUUGUCGGGACAGUAUGCACACCUGCCAACUAGGGGUGGAAAAAUUCAUCUAUGCAUCGCCGUGCAUCGAUACCCAAUGUGUCAGUCUCAAAUGGAUGGAUGGAUACUGCCGAGCAUGCUAAUAUUGCUUUUGUAUCUCCAUAAUAUCUCCAUAAAACUGUUUAACCAUGAAUCGAACUUAUUCAGAGCUUAUAUACAGUAUCUCACAAAAGUUAUUACACCCCUCACAUUUUUGUAAAUAUUUGAUUAUAUCUUUUCAUGUGACAACACUGAAGAAAUGACACUUUGCUACAAUGAAAAGUUGUCCAUAAGACAAAUGUCCAUUUGGACAUUUUCACUUAGGAGUGUACUCACUUUUGUUGCCAGCGGUUUAGACAUUAAUGGCUGUGUGUUGAGUUAUUUUGAGGGGACAGCAAAUUUUCAAAUGUUAUACAAGCUGUACACACAUUACUUUACAUUGUAGCAAAGUGUCAUUUCUUCAGUGUUGUCACAUGAAAAGAUAUAAUCAAAUAUUUAUAAAAAUGUGAGGGGUGUACUCACUUUUGUGAGAUACUGUAAAUAUGACUGGUGGGCAGACAUAGGCUGUGAACGAAAACACUCAUUCAUUCAUUCUCUUUAUAGUGAAUGCUACAGAAUAGGGAGUGAUUUCAGACUGUUCUGAGGGGAACUAACCAGUUGAUUACAGUCACCUGUGAUGAAAAGAUCAAACAAUUGUAUCUUUCACAGUGUGUGCCACAUACAGUCCUGCAUGAAAAUGCGAUUUAAUUCUUGUGAAUGGGCUUGACGGGCACAUGUGUCUCCUUUUAGCCACCUAAUACCUCUUUCUCUAUUCCAAAAUGAAAUGUGUAAUUGCCUUUCCAUGCUACUAAUAGACAGUUUUUCAUUCUAUGACCCUGCCGAGCCUGCUCCAUUAAAAUCCUGGAAUCGUACUGCUUUCAGAUUUCACAAUGCAUCAUGAUACAUCAUAAGGGUUAGGUAAAGAACUGUUAUCAAAUCAAAUCCUUGUCAGAGCGAAUCAUCACAUCAUCACACACACUGACUGCUCGGCCAGAUUUCAAUCAAGUGUAAGAUUUUUUUGUUGCACCUGCGAGUUGUUGCAGUAUGUUACACAUGUACGCACACAAGAGCUUCAGCAAUGGGGACACACUGGCUACAGUCCAGAGAUUUUUUGAGGCAGACCAGUAGCAGACAUUAAAACAUCAACAAGCAAUAUGCUUCUGUCUUAUAGUGUACUCUUGGUUCAUUGAAAGAUCUACAUAAAUUUUUUUACUUUUUGGGAAUGUUUCUAAUAUUUUUGGAACAGAUGUAGACUAAAUCAAUCAUUUGAAUAUAUGAACAACCAGAAUGCUCUUUGAGAUUUUGAUUAGUAGAUACAGUACAUUAAAGAAGUUUAAAGAAGAAA